AUGAUUGGUUCUGCCAUGUACGAAUUGGUUAAGGUCGGUCAUGAGAAUUUGGUCGGUGAAGUCAUUCGUAUCGACGGUGAUAAGGCUACGAUCCAGGUUUAUGAGGAGACUGCUGGUGUUACUGUGGGAGAUCCUGUUUUGAGAACUGGUAAGCCAUUGUCAGUGGAAUUGGGUCCUGGUUUGAUGGAGACCAUUUAUGACGGUAUCCAACGUCCUCUCAAGGCCAUUCAGGAGAAUUCUAAGAGUAUUUAUAUUCCUCGUGGUGUGGAUGCUCCUGCUUUGAACCGUGAUAUCAAAUAUGAAUUCAAGCCCGGUGAUUUCAAGGUUGGUGAUCAUAUCACUGGUGGUGAUAUUAUCGGAUCUGUUUAUGAGAACUCUCUUUUGUCUGAUCACAAGAUCUUGCUUCCUCCUAGAGCCAGAGGUACAGUCACCCAUAUCGCUGAGCCUGGUUCGUACACAGUUGCUGAGAACAUUUUGGAAAUCGAGUUCGAGGGUCAAAAGUACAAUUAUUCCAUGUUCCACACGUGGCCUGUUCGUGUUCCUCGUCCCGUCAGCGAGAAAUUGACUGCCGAUUUCCCUCUUUUGACCGGUCAAAGAGUCUUGGAUGCUUUGUUCCCCUGUGUUCAAGGUGGUACUACCUGUAUUCCCGGUGCUUUUGGUUGUGGUAAGACCGUCAUUUCGCAAUCUCUUUCUAAAUAUUCUAACUCGGAUGUUAUUAUCUAUGUUGGAUGUGGUGAACGUGGUAACGAGAUGGCUGAAGUAUUGAUGGAGUUCCCCGAACUGUUUACAGAAAUUAAUGGCAGAAAAGAACCUAUUAUGAAGAGAACUACUCUUGUUGCGAAUACCUCGAACAUGCCAGUAGCUGCUCGUGAGGCUUCUAUUUAUACUGGUAUUACAUUGGCCGAGUAUUUCCGUGAUCAAGGUAAAGAUGUUUCUAUGAUUGCCGACUCGUCGUCUCGUUGGGCCGAAGCUCUUCGUGAGAUUUCUGGUCGUCUUGGAGAAAUGCCUGCUGAUCAGGGUUUCCCUGCUUAUUUGGGUGCUAAAUUGGCUUCUUUCUAUGAACGUGCUGGAAAAGCCACUGCUCUUGGAAACCCUGGAAGAAAGGGAUCCGUAUCGAUUGUGGCUGCCGUAUCACCUCCUGGUGGAGAUUUCUCAGAUCCUGUUACCACAUCGACUCUUGGUAUUACCCAGGUUUUCUGGGGUCUUGAUAAGAAGUUGGCACAAAGAAAGCAUUUCCCAUCCAUCAACACUUCAUUAUCGUACUCUAAGUAUACCAAUGUUCUUGACAAGUACUAUGACGGCCACUACCCUGAAUUCCCCACUCUCCGUGACCGUAUUAAGGAGAUUAUUUCAAAUGCCGAGGAGUUGGAGCAGGUUGUUCAAUUGGUCGGCAAGAGCGCCCUUUCCGAUUCCGACAAGAUUACCCUUGACGUGGCCACUCUGAUCAAGGAGGAUUUCCUGCAACAAAACGGAUACUCGAGUUACGACGCUUUCUGUCCUAUCUGGAAGACCAAUGCCAUGAUGAAGGCGUUUGUUACGUACUUUGAGGAGGCUCAAAAGGCAGUUGCUGCCGGCGCUUCCUGGAGCAAACUGGCCGAGUCUACUGCCGAUAUCAAGCACGCUGUAUCGUCGUCGAAAUUCUUCGAGCCCAGUCGCGGUGAGAAAGAGCUUGACGUCGAGUUCGGCAAACUCGUGUCCAGCAUCACCGACCGUUUCGCCGAUGCCUCUGAGUAA